AAAGCGAAGAUUUUUUUUGUCCUCUCAUUGUAUCUCUUUAUCUUCCAUCUUCGCCACCUUCACUACGCAAUCCUAAAUGCUUCUUGAUUCAACCAUUCAUCAGUGAUUGGUGGUGAAGCUUAGGUUUCUGGGCUGAUUUUGUGGAAUCUGGUGAGGUUUUGGAAUUUUGGGGGUGUUGGUGAAUUGGAUUGAAUUAGUUGUUAGUAGUUUGGUGCAAGAUAAAGUGAGUUGAGAUGAGUGUGGUGGGGUUUGACAUUGGUAAUGAGAACUGUGUCAUUGCUGUAGCAAGGCAACGUGGGAUUGAUGUUUUGUUGAAUGAUGAAUCCAAACGUGAAACCCCUUCCGUGGUCUGCUUCGGCGAGAAGCAACGGUUUUUGGGGUCUGCAGGUUCUGCUUCUGCUAUGAUGCACCCCAAGUCCACAAUAUCUCAAGUAAAGAGACUGAUAGGAAGGAAAUUCGCGGACCCUGAUGUGGAAAAAGAGCUGAAAAUGCUCCCUGUUGAAACUUCUGAAGGCGCAGAUGGUGGCAUUUUGAUUCACUUGAAAUACUUGGAGGAGACUCAUAUAUUUACACCGGUUCAAAUAAUGUCUAUGCUCUUUGCUCACUUGAAGACUAUGACAGAAAAGAAUAUGGAGAUAACCAUUUUGGAUUGUGUGAUUGGGGUCCCAUCAUACUUUACUGACUUGCAGAGACGGGCAUAUCUUGAUGCAGCAAAAAUUGCUGGGUUGAAGCCUUUGAGAUUGAUCCAUGAUUGUACCGCCACUGCUCUUAGUUAUGGAAUUUACAAAACAGGUUUUCAUAGUGCAGAUCCAGUUUAUGUUGCAUUUAUUGACAUUGGUCACUGUGAUACUCAGGUCUCAAUUGCAGUUUUUGAAUUUGGGCAAAUGAAGAUACUUUCGCAUGCUUUUGACAUGAGCUUAGGGGGAAGGGACUUUGAUGAGGUUCUAUUUAGUCAUUUUGCAGCAAAAUUUAAGGAACAAUACAGCAUUGACGUGUAUUCUAAUGCUAAGGCAUGUAUUAGGCUGCGUGCAGCAUGUGAGAAAUUGAAGAAAGUUUUGAGUGCAAAUCUAGAGGCACCUCUAAAUAUUGAGUGUUUGAUGGAUGAGAAAGAUGUUAAGGGCUUUAUCACAAGGGAAGAAUUUGAGAAACUGGCAUCAGGAUUAUUGGAGAGAAUUUCUAUUCCUUGCAAAAAUGCAUUGAAUGAUGCAGGCAUUACUGCAGGGAAGAUUUCUUCUGUAGAGCUAGUUGGUUCAGGUUCCAGGAUUCCUGCUGUAAGUACAUUAUUGAAUUAUCUAUUCAAGAGAGAACCCAGCCGAAAACUGAAUGCAAGUGAGUGUGUAGCUCGUGGUUGUGCUCUGCAGUGUGCAAUGCUCAGUCCAGUUUACCGUGUGAGAGAAUAUGAGGUACAGGAUGCUAUUCCUUUUUCAAUUGGACUUUCAUCAGAUGAAGGUCCAAUUUCUGCAGGAUCAAAUGGUUUACUUUUCCCAAAAGGCCAUCCCAUUCCAAGUGUCACAGUCCUAACAUUUCAACGAACUAAUUUGUUCCAUUUGGAAGCCUUCUAUGCUAAUACAAGUGAACUACCACCUGGGACAUCUCCUAAAAUUAGUUGCUUCACGAUUGGUCCUUUUCAAGGAUCCCAUGGUAGCAAGACGAGAGUUAAAGUUAGAGUUGAACUAAAUCUGCAUGGCAUUGUCAGUAUUGAAUCAGCUACAUUGAUCAAGGAUCACAUGGAUGAUUUGGUUAUGGCCAGUGAUUGUCAUUCAAAUUCUGAUCCGAUGGAUGUUGAUCCCAUUUCUGAGACAGUUGCCAAUGGCAUUGAAGAUAGUACCAAUCCCAUUUCUGUUGAUGGUACAAGAAAAGAUAAAGCUAACAGAAGGCUUCAUGUGCCAGUGAAUGAGAAUAUCUAUGGUGGAAUGGCAAAGGCAGAGAUCUUGGAAGCUUUUCAAAAAGAACUCCAGUUGGCCCAACAGGACAGAACUGUGGAGCGGACCAAAGAAAGGAAGAAUACCUUGGAAUCUUAUGUCUAUGAGAUGAGGAGUAAGCUCUUCAACACGUAUCGGAGCUUUACAAGUGAGGAAGAGAGGGAUAACAUAUCUAGGAGCCUUCAAGAAACUGAGGAUUGGCUUUAUGAGGAUGGUGAUGAUGAAACCGAACAUGCUUAUUCAUCAAAACUGGAAGAUCUGAAAAAGCUGGUGGAUCCAAUUGAGAAUCGGUAUAAAGAUGAAGAAGGAAGAGCGCAAGCUACAAGAGAUUUAUCAAAGUUCAUUUUAGAGCUUCGCACGUUUGCAGAUUCCCUUCCACCCCAGGAUAAAGAACUGAUCAUCAAUGAGUGCAAUAAAGCAGAGCAGUGGCUAAGCGACAAGAUGCAACAACAAGAUUCUUUUCCUAAGAACAUGGACCCAAUAUUGUGGUCAAGUGAUAUUAAGAGAAAGACAGAGGAUUUAAACUUAAUAUGUCAACGGAUAUUGGGAUCCAGGGCUUCUCCAAUGCCUGAAGAUAUUGAGGAAGACAAGCAGGAUUCUUCCAAUCAUCCAUGAAUACAUUGAUGUGGUCAUACCUCAUGAACUAAAGACCUUAGUUUUCAUUACUGAUACCUCCUGACAAAUAUAGCAAACCAAAAUUUCUUGUAUUUUCUUUCGUUUUUCAUCUCCACCUGUUGGUCUGGGGAUUUGAAAGAGGCAAAUUUAAGUAGAUGAAGUCAUUAGCAAUUACCAGUGCGAUCAUUUUGUUUUUCAAAGGUUUCCAGCUUUUGUAUUUUGGUAUUUUAUCUUAUCUUAUCUGAUGUUAUAUAGUUUCCUCAAAUGAGUCAAAUAGAUUUGUUCUAGGGUAGAAAAUCUGUGUGAAUUGUGUGUGUAGUAUCAGUCGCAAUUGUUUCUGCAUUGUGCUCAAAGAUAUUAUUAAAAAAAUGAUUGGUCAACCUCUAGCAGUGUUGGAGUCUAUGCCAAAACUUUAGCAUUUUAUAACUUCUUGCUCUAC